UCCUGGACAAGUUACUUACCCCCCAUUGCCUGGCCCUUACCAUUCUUCUGGCUUGAAACCAACACUCAGUAUUGAUUCUAAGCAGAAGGCGAGGGUUUAAAAUAAAAAAAAAAAACAUAGGUUAGUCAUUGUAGAUGGCUUUACAUGUUGGAGGGGAGAAUUUAUAUUUUAUCCUAGAGGCAAUAGAAACAACAGAAAGCUUUUAUCAAUUGCAUGAAAAUCUAGACGCAUAUGGGAUACCCUUAGUAUUUUACCCAUUUUAUAGAUGGGGAAAUUGCAGCUCAGAAAGAUUAAGAUAGGAAAAGAGGAAUAUAAUUUGCAAAAGGGAUUGCAUGCUGUUGCUUGGCACAGGCACUCAAGUUUGUCACCAUUUCUUGUCCAUGGCAAUGUGGUUGGCUAAUCUUAACUUGGUGUGGAAACCCUGAUAAGGAUCCAGGGAACUUUCCUGGAAAGGAGAGGGUUUAAGAGAUUAACAAAAUUUAUUUACUACAUUGACUCCUAAGAAGAAUGCAAGAAGAAUGUUUAAUACCAAUAGAAGGAAUCCUUGGAUAAUAUGCUGAUUGUUCUUAGUCCACAGUAAAUCAUCACAGCAUGUCCCUCCUUAAAAAUCAGAGAAUGUCAGUAAGAAGAAAGAUGAUGAGAACAGGGCAAUGCUAGGAAAUGUGGAUCUGCACCUGAAAUCAUAGAGGAUCAUAGCAUUUAGGGGUGAAAGAGCAUUCAUUCAGUUGUCUUAUAUAGAGGAAGAAGCUAAAGACCAGAUAAAGGAAGGUCACAGGGGUAACAAUCCAAUAUUCAAACACAGAUUCUUUGCUCUGAUGCCAAACCUGAUGCUUUUCCUAAUCUGUCACUCCAGGUCAGAGGCUAUUUCUCACUAUUGUUAAUUAAUCUCUUACUUUUUAUGUAGGCGACAGUAUCUGACAGGUUGGGAGUUUUGUAAAAUCUCCUGUUGCUUUGAGAGACAGAGCAGAAAGCUCUCACCCUCUUUCUCUUUAAGAGGAAAAGCAGUUAGUUCUGAACUCCAAUUUCUCUGACUUCCUUGGGAGCAGGGUUGCUGGGACAUUCUCUCAGACAAAGAAGAUCCCUUAGUGACUUCUGAGAGAGUUAUUUUUGAGAGUUUGGGAUACACCUAUGAAGUAGAGUUAAAGUCUGAUUCUGGAGAGCUUUUCUCCUGAAGGGAGAAGGAGCUGUCAGAGGGGCCGAUUCUGACAGUUAUAUCUGACAGUUUGAUUUCAUAUAUUACUUUAAGGAGUUCAUUAUCAAUUUAAGGUUCAUCGAUUAGCAUAGGUUAGUUAGAUAGAAAAAUAUUGUUUAAGAUAAUUGAGAGUAAAUUUAAGGAGGUCUGCUCUAGCAGACAAGAAGAAACUGAAAAGAAAGCAGUUAGAUCUUGGGGGGGUUUAUUUAGAUAAUUUUAGUAAAAGGAUUAAGAGAUUUCCUCUCCUAUUCCUAACUCUCCUCAUUAGAAUAAACAGUUUCGUUGGUGUACCAAACUGCUUCCGGCCUUCUAUCCACCGCCUACAAAAUAGAUUUACCAAUAAUAGCCAUAGUUAACCAUUGCAACUUUAGUUUUCUUAUAACUCCAUGAAUGCCUCUUUUUAAAAAAGGAAAUACUGGGCAGAUGAAUUUUGGAAAAACAAUGAAAGACCUACAUGAAAUUAGGAACAGCAAAAUGAGCAGAACUAAGAGAAUGUUAUACAUAGCAUCAGAAUUAUUGUUUUAAGAAUGACCUGUGUAUAUCCACCUCCAGAAAAAGAACUGAUAAGUAGAAAUAAAUAAGACAAUUACACAUGUAAAAAUAUCUUUUUGUCAAAUGGUGCCUUCUCUAAUGGGGGGAAUGAGGGAGUUAGUUAAGUAGGUAUUUAAAUGUAACAAAUAAAAAUAUAAAUACAUUGAAAAGAAAAAAAAAUUUUAAGAAGCAUAAAAAUGAAACAUUAAAUGCCAACUACAUACUAGGCACAGAUCUAAGUAUUUUACAAACUCAUUUGACUCUCACCAUAACCUCGGGAGGCAGGUGCUAUUAUUAUUAUGCAUUUUACAGAUUAUAUAAUUGAGGAAGAGAGUUAAAUGACUUACUCAGGGUCACCCUGCUUGUAAGUAUUUGAGGCUGGAUUUGAACUCAGAUCUUCCUGACUCCAGGCCUAGUGCUCUAGCCACUGUGCUACUUGGUUGUGUCAAGUGAUGAGGCCUUAUUAAACAGGGUAUCCCUUGAGCAGGAGAGUUAGGCUUGAAAGGGGAGUCAAUUAGAAGAGAAUGGAAUAAUCCCCCUCCCCCAAAUGUUCUCUCCAAUUUUUCCUGAUUAACUUGCUUAUUUCUGCCUUUAGACCAGAUGAUCCUAAAACUUCAAAAUUCUUUCCUGAAAGAGUUCAUCCAGGAAUAAGGAGGCAGUGGUCCCAAUGUGCCCUGGUCAGAUCAUACCUGGAGUCCUCUACUCAGUUUUAGUUGUCAUAUUUUAGGAGGGGCAAUUGGUAAGUUUAGGAGUGUCCAGAGAAGUAAGACCAGAUUCAUGAAAGACCCUGAGGUUAUGGCUUCUAAGUAUGAGUUGAAAGAACUGGGAAUGGAUAGCCUAAAGAAGGGAAGACUUUGGAAUAUGGUAAAAGUCUCUAAGAAUUUGAGUGACCACAGCUAGAUGGGGCCAGGGCUGGAGUCAGGAAGAUGAGUUCAAAAUAGGAUUCAGACACUUCUUAGAUGUGUGAUCCUGAGUAAGUCCCUUAAACCUGUUUGCCUCAGUUUCAUGAUCUUUCAAUUGAAAUGCAGAAGGGAAUGUCAAAGCACUCUUAAGAAUAUGCCAAAUGAGGUCACAAAGAGUCAGGCACAACCAAAAGACUGAAUAACAACUACUAAUAUGGAAUUGAGAUAAAACUUGUUCUGUCUGCCUCUAGAGAGCAGAAUUAGGAGUAUUGGUCAGAUUGACAAUGGUAUAUAGACACAGACUUAAUCUCAGUGUAAGAAAAAGCUUUCAAAUGCAGAUGCUGUCCUUGGCAUAGUGGAAAUCAUGUGUUCAGUCAGGAAUAGCUUCUCUUUUAAUUCUGCCUAGCAUUUGUUUUUUUUUUUUUAUGGUCAUGCAAAACACUUCCAUAUUGGCCAUUGUUGUAAGAGCAAAGUCAUACAAAACCAAAAGCCCCCAAUAAAAUCAAGGAUACACUGAUGUGAAAGAUGACUCCAACAGUUCUUUCACUAGAGAUGGAGAGCAUUCCCUGUCAUAAGUCUUUCAGGAUCAUCCCAGAUCUUUGCAUUGCUGAGAGGAGCCAAGUUUUCACAGAUAAUCAUUGUUUAACAUUGCUGUUAUUAUAUAUAAUAUAUUCCUGGUUCUACUUAUUUUGCUCUGCAUUAGUUCUUGCAGAUCUUUCCAGCUUUUUCUGAAAUCAUCUUAUUUAUCAUUCUUUAUAGUACAAUAGGACCCCAUCACCAUCAUAUACCACAAUUUGUUCAGCCAUUCCCCAAUUGAUGGACAUCCCUCCAUUUCCAAUUCUUUGCCACCACAAAAAAGAGCAGCUAUAAAUAUUUUUGUUAUCUUUUUAAAAAUCUCUUUGGCAUACAGACCUAGUAGUGUCAGCCAUUUGGUUGCUCCAUGUGUGACCCUGAACAAGUCACAUAACCUCUCUGUCAGUUUCCUCAUCUGUAGAGAGAGGUUAUCAUAGUACCCACAUCACAGUUCUUAUGAGAAUCAAAUCAAUGACUUAUGUACGGGGCUUUGUAAAUCUUUUUUAAAAAAUUAAUUUUAUUCAGUCCCUCCUUUUUCUACCCAUACGACAGAAGGCAGCGUCCAGUAAAAUCUAUGGAUUAUAUGUCAUAUUCCGACUUCUCAGUUUAUUCUCUGGAGAUGAACAUCCUUAAGUUAUUCUCCAAAUAUUAUGGCUGUAUCUGUAUACAGUUGUUUCAUUCCUUAUUAUCUCAUGUGGUUCUUUCCAAAUAUUUUAAAAGUUAAUCUGCUCAUCAUUUCUUAUGGAACAGUAGUAUUCCAUUAUUAUCAUAUAUCAUGUUUAGUCAUUCCCCACUUGAUGGAUAUCCUCUCAAUUUCCAAUUCUUUGCCACUACAAAGAGAGCUGCUAUGGACUUUGUAAAUCUUUAAAUACAAUGUAAAUGUAAAGAGUGCAAUUCUGAAGGGCUGGCUACAUAGUCUAAAUAACAAAUACAUAUUUGCCUAUGAAAGCAAACACGUGGAGAUCAGAAGAAGUGGUACAAGGACAUUUUCAAGGUCUCUCUGAAGCAUUUUAGUAUCAACUGUGAGACAUGGGAAAUGCUGGCAAAAAAAUGCAAACUUAUGCAUAUCAAGGAAUUUGCUAUGCUCCAUGAGCAAAGCAGAAUUGUAGUUGCACAGAGGAAAUGUGAAAUGCAACAGUCUAGAGAUAUCUCUAUCCCAAAUGUUCAAAUGAUCUAUUUGUGCCUGACCUUUAGUAGAGUGGCCCAAGCUCAUAUUGAAUUGAUCAACCACAGGUAGACAUGCUGUAUCUUGAUCCCAAUAUUGGAAAAUCAUGGGUACUUUUGGAAAACAAAGGAUGAAAACAACAAAUAGCAGCUAUUGGGGUAAUCUUAGAGUGGAUAUGGAGAGGUGGUUUUCCACUUCGGUGAAGGUCUUUGAGCAAAGGAUCAAUGACAAUUUACUGGGUAUUCCACAAAAGAGAUUCUCAUUUAGGUAUUGUUUGGAAUAAAUGACCACCAGCGUGUCUUAAAAUACUUAAAUACUAUGGCCGUGGGAACUGAAAGGGUUCUGGAAGAAGAAUUUUCAUUUCCUUUGGGAUCUCAUUAAGUCUAUCCUGAUUUUCUACUGACUCUGGGCAUAUGGGCCAGUACUUUGUUUUAAGGCAACAUCAGUGGUUAAUGACAAACAUUCCAAGCAGAAUAAGGGAGUGCCACAUGCUUAGGUAUGAGUGGAGGUGUAGCCUGAUGAGAGGUUAGCUCAACUUCUCUUGCUUCCAGGUGGGGCUCUAAGUUGGCUCUAAAUGGGACAGCUGAGUUUGAGGGUUAGCAUAGUCUGAUCCCAACUGAGAAGGCUCCAAACCCACCUGACAAGUUUUAAGUGGGGCCAACACCUCUGAGGCCAAUGAAGCCUACUAAUCAGAUGUUUUUAUGUCCAUGAAACUAAACAAUAACAAGGAAAAGAUGCUCAAGAUUGUGGCCAUAUGAAGUGAGGAUAGACUAUAAAAGCCAGAAGGUAUAAAGAAGUGUAGACACAGCUAAAUUCACCUCUUGAAUCAAUUUAGCCACCACAGAACUCCCAACACUAUGCCUGAUAGCUGUUGUCUCAGAACCUGCCAGGCCAUUCCAUCUGCACCUACUGUUCCUUUCUAUGCCAAUGGUGGGACCUGUGGAAAUGCUAUCUGCUUGCCUAGUUCCUGCCAAGGAAAAACAUGGCAACUGGUUACCUGCCAAGAAAACUGCCAGUCACCUAGCUGUAACCUGAGUUAUCCUGAACCUACAUGUUGUGAGCCUAGUUCCUGCCAACUAACUUGCCUUCCAUCAACAUCUCGUGUGGGUUUUGUCUGCCGACCUAUUUGCAAUAGUACUAUAUGUGGCCCAUCAGCUUGUAUUGUCAACAGUUGUCCACCACCUUGCUCUGAAACUCGUUCCUGCCAAUCAAAUUGUGAUGCCACUCCUUGUCAACCAGCUUCUCAGGAAGGAGUGUGUACAACUGGAUCAUGUUCAUCAGCUUGCUGCCAACCAACAGGUUAUAAUUCCAAUUCUUGCCAGCCAGUCUGCUCUGAAUCCAGUUCUUGUCCUCGGAUUUCCUGUCAGUCAACCGUCUGUAUGCCCAGUUCACGCCAACCAACUUCUUGUCAGAUAAGUUCAUGCACACCGACUAGCUGUGAAGGCCAGUCCUGUGGAGCAACUUACUAUCAACCUGUCUGCUUUCUCAGCUCUUGCCAACCAUUUCCUUGUAUGCCUGUUUCCUGUCAGCCAUCUUUCUGUAUGCCUACCCCUUACAAACCUACUUACUAUGUACCAAUGUCCUUCCAGUCCUUUUAUUGCCAACCACCUUCUUGCAUGUCUUAUGUCUAUGAGCCUGCCAGCUGCCAACCCAAAUGCUCUGUGCAAAAUUCCUGCAAAUCAACCUGUGGAAACCCUCUCUUGUGCCAACCAACUCGCUGUGUGCCCCCAUCCUACAAAGGGGAUGGAUGUAAGUCUACUUCUUUCCAACCAGCUUGCUGUGUGACUGGUUCUGAAAAACCAUCUGGCUGUGGUACUGGUUACUAUCAGCCCACUUGCCCAAGUUCCUGCAAGAUUAGUAGCCGCCUGCUCAGGACCUGCCAACCCAAAAGCUACAUAUCCAACACCCAUAAAGCAACCUGUUACUAAUGGAGAAGACUCUGCCUCAUCUGAGUAGCCAAGUCUGCCUGACAGCUUCUUCCUGCAUUGCUUGUGUCCUAUUUCUUGUUAUACAGCAAAUUCUUCCAAGUGUAUAUUUCUGCUGUUCACCAACUAUGCCACCUAUACUCCCUUUGAUUACAAUCCUGAAAGCCACUGCAAGCAGUGACUAGAUAAUGAAAGCAGCUUCUAGGAGGUGGUUUUCUUAAAACAUAAAAGAAAAACACUGGGGGCAAUGGAUGAAACUAUGUCUUGCAUUUCUCGAUGCUGUCAAUCUCAUUUCAUUUCAGUAAGUGAUCUUUCCUGGGUUCUUUCUAAACUAUUCAAAAGUCAUUUUGUUGCCUUUGUUAGUAAUGGCUAAUAAAUGUAGUACAUCAAACAGCAAA